AGUGCAUCAAUAUUUCUCAGACCGACCUUAAGCUUAGAGACUAAAAGCCCUACCCUCAUCGGGUACCACACUCCCCAUCACAAUAAUUGCAACCCAUUUCCAAUUUGUGCCCUAAAUUUCACUUCCACUCUCCCCACUUCAUCACCCAUUCCACUUCAUUUUUUUCAGCUGUUAAACUUCUUUCUCCCAGUUUGAUAUCUCAUCUCUCUCUCUCUUUUAUUUCUCUCCAUGAUCACUUCAAAGAAAGCUGCAAACGCCGUCGGAGGCAAGACGGCGCGGGCCUGCGACAGCUGUCUGCGAAAACGGGCACGGUGGUACUGCGCGGCCGACGACGCUUUCCUUUGCCAAGGAUGCGAUUCGUCGGUCCACUCGGCUAACCAGCUAGCCAGCCGGCACGAAAGGGUUAGGCUCGAGAAGGGGGCUCCUAAUAAGCCCGUGUUUGGCUCACCGAACACACAGAAUUCUACGCCGGCUUGGCUUCAAGGGUUCACCCGUAAGGCUCGAACCCCGCGCCAACCCAAGCCAGCCAAGGCCAUAUAUGGCUCUGCGUUCACAAACCCACUUGCUAUAGUCCCGGAGAUUGGUUGUGAAAAUUCGCCCAAUGAGAGCGAAGAGCAACUGCUUUAUCGGGUCCCGGUUUUCGACCCAUUUGCCGCGGAGCUAUGUAACGCACCAAACAACAUGGCGGAUGCAUUGGCAUACGAAAGAGAGGGAACUGCCACGGGAGGCGGCUUCGCGGUUUCGAUGAGAGAUGAAGGAGUAGUAUUACGCGACGAAGCGUGCGAUAUAGAUUUCGAUACUCUCAACGGAUUAAUUCUUCCAUCGGAUAUGGAACUCGCGGAGUUUGCAGCCGAUGUUGAGAGCCUACUCGGGACCGGACUCGACGAGGACUGUUGUGGAAUCGAAGGGUUAGGCUUAGGGUCAGGUGUAGGGUUGUUAGAGUGUAACAAGGAAGAUGACGAUGAUGAUGAUGAUGAUAUGGGUAAUUUUUUCGUGGAAAGCAGAAAAGUUAAGGUUGAGGAUGAUAUUAAUGAGGUGGAAGAGGUUGUUGAUUGCCAAAUGGAAAUGGGUUUUGAUUUAGAGAGGGAGACUAUAGAUUGGAACUUUGAUUAUGAAGUGAAUGGAGAAGAGGAGGAAAAGAUGGUGGGUGGUAUAAUGGAUGGAAGGAGUGGAUUGAAACAAGAAGAAGAAGAAGAAGGAGAAGAAGAAGUGAAGAGGAAGGUGAUUUUGAGUCUGAAUUAUGAAGGGGUAGUUAGUGCUUGGGCUAGCCAAGGCUGUCCUUGGACUGACGGGAUCCGACCGGAGCUCAACGCCGAUGGUGGCUGGCCCGACUUCAUGGGUUAUUCUCAUCCAUACGGAGGAGUAGGAGGCAGCCACGUGAGGGGUGGCGACGACGGAGGCCGAGAAGCUCGAGUUUUGAGGUACAGAGAGAAGAGAAGGACAAGAUUGUUCUCGAAGAAGAUAAGGUACGAAGUCAGGAAACUCAAUGCAGAGAAGAGGCCAAGAAUGAAAGGCCGAUUUGUCAAGAGGACACCCUUUUCUGUGCCUUCUUUUCCCAGUUACCUCGUCAACACCAAGUAAUUUGUCGACUUUACCAAAGUUUGAGUAUUGUUAUGGCUAAUUUGGAAUGAAGUUAAAUUACGUCGGCUUUUAAUGGCCUAUGAUGCAAUAGUAUGGAAGUAUGUUACAAUAACAUGUAGUUACUUUGGCUUUCAAUGGCCAAUGAAGUUACUUUGGUCGGUUGGUUUCUUGUCUUGGGUUUAGUUCUCGGGUGGCGUUUUGCCGGUGUGUUCGAGAUCCGUUUAAUCUUUGUAUUUUUCUUCAAAGGUUAAUAAAAUCUUUUUGCUUAGGAAAAAAA